GAGACGUUGACGCUCGGGGACUGCGGCGUGGAUAGCGUGUCGCUCCGAAGCGUGGUGGGUCAGAACUGGCGGAGCGACACGCUGAGCCAUACUUCCUGACUGCAGCACCGUAUAGAUGGCAGCUUCUUUUCAAGGCGAGCACAUCACUGGUUAUCGCCUCGCACCUUGUUACCAUAAUGCAAAAAUUCUCGCAGCUGCAUGGAUCGAUGGCGGCUCACAUCCUAGUAAGGCCCCGAGCCCUUGGCCAUGGCAGGGCACCUGUCCCAGCGAUCUCGACGAAGAGGCGGCGAUCCCAUGCGCUGCGCGGCACACUGGCACCGCACGGCGCCAGGAGCCGCGCGGCACCGCCGCGAGGCAGCCGACCUCGCUGCCGCGCAGUGAAGCGCGACUCCGCCGCGGGCCGCCGACCCUCCUGGCUGCCAAAGCACGCGGACGCCGCACGGCACCGCGCCGCCGCGCGCAACCGAUGUGGUCUGCGAGCACGCGGGCGUGGCACCGCGCAGCACUGCACGGCAUGGCCGCGGGGAAGCAAUUCCCGCCCUCAAGCGCGGGGACUCGGUGGGGCACUGCACCGCACAGAGCCGUCGCGGGCAGCCGAUAUCGUGUCCGAACGCGCGGAGACGGCACCGAGGGCGAGGGCGAGGGCGAGGGCAGAAGCGAGGGGGGAGGGCGAGGGAGGAGGGAGGAGGGAGGAGGCACAGGGAGAAAAAACGGCUCGGCGAGAGGGCCGACGGGCAGGGACAGCCGCCUGGGCACUUUUGGAGCCCGCUCGCGGGCCGCACUCUGCGGCGGCGCGGUGUGACCAGGGCCCAGGCCGCUGCGACGGGUCUGCAGGCCCAUUCCUCCCUCCUCCGC